CACUCGCACAGACGCGCACACGGAGACACACACCUCCCUCCCCCCGCCCCCCGAACCCAGCACCAGGCAGACACACACGCACAGACACACACACGCUCACACACACACACACACACACACGGAGGCGGGGCGGGGUCACGUGUCCCCCCUCCCGGGGGGGCCCGGAGGCGUGUGAUGGACAGGGGCUUGGGGGGCGCAUAAAAAGGCGGGGAUCGGGGGCGCCCGUUGCCCGCCGCCGCCGCCGCGGACCCCCUCCCCCGUCCUCCCCCGUCCUCCCCCGUCCCCCCCCAGCCGUCUACACCGCCCCGGAUCACCACCGGCCCCCGACCCCGCCACCGGCCGGCGCAGGCUGCGGGAUCCCCCACGGGCGGAGAAGCUCGAAAGCUCCCGGAAACUCGAUUCCGCUUCUCGGAGGAGGCGGCGGUGACCUUCGUCCGUCCGGAGCAUCUCCCGGGGCCGGGACGGGCGGCGCUCCCAUCCAUGGAGUGGCACGUGCUGGCCCUGGCCCUGCCCCUGUGGCUGGGCGCGCUCUCCUCGGCCUCGGCGCAGUGCUCGGCUCAGUGCUCGCGGUGCUCCGACCACACCCAGGGCCCGCAGGACACCCUCGACCCGCUGAUCUGCACGCUGGAGUGCGAGGCGGCCCCGGCGUCCGGCGGGGAGUGGGGGAGAUGCCGGCUGAUCCUGUCCCUCCUGGGCGCCCUCCUCCCGGGUCCGAGGCGGUCGGGGCCCCCGGCCGGGGCCCCCGGCGACCCCGAAGAGGAGCCCCGGACGAGCCGCGGGGGCCUCGGCCCGCUAGGCCCGUCCCGAGGCCUUCCGAGAGGAGAGGGCCUCCGGCCUCCCGCCGAGGCCCCGGGGGUCACCGGGGGCCGGAAGGCCGAGGGCAAGAGGUACGGGGGCUUCCUGCGCAGGUACCCCAAGAGGAGCCCGCCCGGGGGGGCCGGGCCCCACAAGCGCUACGGGGGCUUCAUGAGGAGGGUCCGCCCCAAGCUCAGGUGGGACAACCAGAAGCGUUACGGCGCCUCCCGGCCGCGCCCCUUCAAGCCGGUGACCCGGGGCGAAGGGGCGGCCGGGGCCCUCUCCGGGGAGGGGGCGGCCCUGUAGGACGCCCCCCUCCGCCUCCCCGGAACGGCGGGGAGGAGGAGGAGGAGGAGAGACCCCCCCCCCCCACGCCCCGUCACACACGCGGAUCGCCCGGACCGGCCCGGCCAGGCCGCCCCCUGCUUCGCCCGCGCCCCGUCUACGUGAGGCCGAGGUUCACGUCCGGUGCCCUGACCUCGUGACUCGGUCUCUCCUCCGGCGCCCACCCGACGCCCCGGUCAGACGACCCGCCUCGGCGACUCGGAUCGACUCCCGGGGCCCGCCCGAGGCCCUCUCCACACGGCUCCGGUUCCCUGCCGGUGCCCACCCGAUGCCCCGGGCCCUCCCCGCCCCGCGAGGAGAGGCUAGAGGCCGGGACCCCUCCCCUCCCGCCUCCGCCCCCCCCCCCCACAUUACCCCUCGCCAAAAUAACCACCCUCACGAAGGGGCUUCUUAAGCACUCGCUACGCGCUAAGCACCGGGGGAGAGCCGAAAGAAUCAGGCCGGACGCAGCCCCCGUCCCCCACCGGGCUCUUAAAAGGAGCAGCCCGGCCUUGCGGGCGGAGCCCGGUCUUGGGAGUCAGAGGGCGUGAGUUCUAAUCCCGGCUCCGCCACCCGUCCGCCGGGUGACCCCGGGCC